AUGGCUGGAACGGCGACAGAGAGCCUCACCAGGUCGCGGAGCGCGCUGCACCGACUGGCUUGCAGCGCUCAAAACUAUGCCUGGGGGCGCCACCACGAGGAUUCGGAGGUGGCACAGCUGGUGGCUGCAUCUGGGCGGCAAGUGGACGAGUCCAAGCCCUAUGCCGAGCUGUGGAUGGGCACCCACCCCGCGGCGCCCUCCCUGCUGGCAGACAACGGCUACGCGGGGCAGCCGCUGCUGGCGCUGCUGCGCGACCGGCCCGAGCUGCUGGGCGCCGCGCUGCCGCGGUUUGGCUGCGACCUGCCCUUCCUCUUCAAGGUGCUCUCCGUGGGCACCGCCCUCUCCAUCCAGUCACACCCCGACAAGGCGCUGGCGGAGCGGCUGCACGCGGCAAGGCCAGAGGUGUACAAGGACGCCAACCACAAGCCGGAGAUGGCGCUGGCGCUGAGCGAGUUUGAGGCGCUGUGCAGCUUUGUGCCGCACGAGGAGCUGGUGGCGGCGCUGCGCGCCGUGCCCGAGCUGGCGGCCUGCUGCGGCGAGGCGCGCGUCGCCGCGCUGGCGGCUGCCGCCCCCUGCGGCGCGCAGCGGCGGCAGGCGCUCAAGGCGGCCUUCCACGCCGUCAUGGCCUGCCCCGCCGAGCGGGCGGCGGAGUGCGUGCGCGCGCUGUGCUCGCGGCUGGAGCGCGAGGCGGCAGCGGGGCGCCAGCUCAGCGCGCGGGAGCAGCUGACGCUGCGCCUGCAGCGGCAGUACCCCGGGGACGUCGGCGUGCUGGCCUCCUGGUUCCUCAACCACCUGCGCCUGCGCCCGGGCCAGGCGGUGGCGCUGCCCGCCAACGAGCCCCACGCAUACAUCUCGGGAGAGAUUGUGGAGUGCAUGGCCACGUCAGACAACGUGAUCCGCGCGGGGCUGACCCCCAAGCUGCGGGAUGUGGAGACGCUGUGCGAGUCGCUGACGUACCGGCAGGGGGUGCCCGAGGUGAUGGAGGGCGCCAAGUCGGCGGCCUCGCCACACCUGGCCUGCUACCGCCCGCCCUUCAGGGAGUUUGAGAUCUGGCGCUACACGCCGCCCGCCGGCUCCCGCGAGGCGCUGCCGCCGCCCGCGGGCCCGCUGCUCAUGCUGGUGCAGCAGGGCGCGAUGCACGUGCGCAGCGGCGAGCAGUCGCGCCUCCUUAAGCGGGGCGACGUCUACUUUGUGGCGGCGGGCGCGGAGCUGCAGCUGGAGGCGUCGGCCGAUGUGUCGGCCUGGGUGACCGCCUGCAACGGAAUGGCCUUUGAGUGA